AUGUUCGUUAUGGAGCCCAGGCUGCACGGCCACUUCACCAAGUACAACAGCAACUUUGGCGACACCUAUCAGGACGAUAAGCACUUCCGUACGCCCUCGGAGGUGCAGCACCGCACACGCAUGUUUCACCUUGCGGAGGCCUUUUCUCACUUCACCCUCGUGGAGAGCGGAGGGUCCAUGUUGUUGUGUGACCUUCGGGGCGUCAACGACCUCUUCACAGACCCGCAAAUACAUACGGAGGACGGCAAGGGACUGGGUCUGGGAAACAUGGGGCCCGCAGGCAUCGAAAAGUACGUUUUGCGGCACGAAUGCAAUGAGGUCUGCCGGGCCUUCGGACUGAGGCCGCUGGGUGGGAUUCGCCCACAGCCCGACACCGAGUCCCGGGCGAGCAACUUCUACGUGCGGCUGCGGGCACAGCUGCAGCAGGGCCUGGUGCCCCUCUCCAAGCCCAUUGGAGAAAUGACUGAGGAAGAGCUCGUCGCCCAUGCCAUCAGGGUGUCGCGGGUGUCCUACUAA